GUCCAGUUUGCUGCGUACCCUGUUGGAAAAAUGUCACAUGUUUUUGGAUCAUAACAACAAUUCUAUCUUUUCUGGGGUACAUGUGCAAUUUCGUGUAUUUAUUAGAUCUAAAUAAGAAAAAAAAAUUUCGUUUUUGUGCUAAUUAUUUCAGUCAUUUUCCAACCCGUGCAGCAGUUUUGGCUUUCCGAAAGAUUUCCCACCUGUCAAAGUUAACGCUGUCAAGCUAACUUUGUUCAGCUAUUUGUUGAAAUGAAAGAGAAAAAGAAACAAAACACCAAAAAGAAGAAAAGGAAUGCGGUCUUACAAAAGUACAUGGUGGCAGUGGACGAGUUUGUUCAAGGUAAAAGUCGUGCGGAAGAUGCAGAGAGUGACCGAUUUAGAUUUGUCAAGAAGAAGAGUAGAAAAGAACUGCGCAGAGAGAAGAGAAAACUGAAAAAAGCCAAGAUGAAAAGUCAUUACGAGGGAAAAACGAAUGUCUGUUUAGCCCCUGGUGAUGAUGAAAAAUCCAAAAAAGUCAAAGCUAAAAAGCAACCACAAAAAAACAUUGAAAAGGCAGCAAAGGAAGUAAGUAUAACACAAUCAAAAAACCAAAUUCCAACAGAGAAAUCAGACUCAUCUCCAUCCAAACCAUCCUCAAAGAAAGGCAAGAAAGUUAACAAGCUUCAAGAGUCAAGAAAAAUGGCUUUACUGGAGGCUAAUGAGCAAGAAGACAGGGAGAUAAAGAAGCUCGAGCGAUUCCUCGGAUUUAAUAAAAGGAAAAACAAAAAGAGUCUCCCACAGUCUUUUGUGACUGAUGGACUUGAUUACAUCCUGGGUGUGCUGGACUCCGGCUCCACAGCAGUGGGAAUGCAUGACGGUGACGAAGAURAUGAUUAUGACGUGGCCAAAGAGAACUUUGAAAAACUUGAUGAAGAUGAUUCUCAGGUGUCGGAGGAAGAUGAAAAAGCUGACGAUGAAAUGGAGAGUGCAGGCAGCGAUGAUGAGGAGGAAAGUGAGGUUGUUGAUGAUGAUGAUGAGGAGGAGGAGGAGGAGGAGGAAAGUGGGGUUGUUGAUGAUGAUGAUGAUGAUGAUGAUGAUGAUGAUGAAGAGGAGGAAAGUGGGGUUGAUGACGAGGAGGAAGAAGAAGAAAUGGAUGAUGGCAAUGAUCUGAAGAACAGCAACGAUGCUGAUCCAGACGAUGACAGCGAGAAGGAAAUGGAUAAAGAAGCUGAUGGUCCUGAUGUAAAUACAGAAGCUGUUGCCACAACAUCCGGCAAGUAUGUGCCGCCUCACCUGCGCAACACUGGUGAUGAUAAACGCAAAGCUGAGCUGGAAAAACUUAGACGCAAUGUAAAAGGCCUGCUGAACAGGUAAAACUUCUACCACAACACCAAGGAUUCAAGGAAGGGUUUGUUUGAACAAUUAAAAGCAAUAAUUUGAUUGUCAUUUUUAACGGAGAAUACUACAUAAAUAAACAUCAUUCAUAUGGUUUGUAUCACACCAUCCGUCGUGUUUCAGCCAAAUAACUUAUGUUUAUAUGUUUUAAACAAAAUUAGUAGCUGACGUCACAUUUUGUUCCUUUGCCAGGUGGGAGCCCAUUUUCUUGAGACGGUUGUCCGCAAGUUUGACGAAGUGUACAGAAGCUCCUGUGAGGGCAAAGAGUGCGAGAACCUGAUCGCCAUCGUCGCGCACCUCUACAACUUUCAGGUGGUGCAUUCAGUCCUCAUCGUCGACAUCCUGAAGCUGCUGGUGGGAACCUUUACAGAGAAGGAUAUCGAGCUGGUUCUGUUCAUGCUGAGGAAUGUCGGCUUCAGCCUGAGGAAGGACGACGCCCUGGCUCUUAAAGAGCUCAUCUCUGAGGCUCAGCGUAAGGCCAGCGACGUGGGGUCAAAGUUCAAGGAUCAGACCAGGGUUCGUUUCAUGCUGGAAACCAUGUUGGCUUUAAAGAAUAACAACAUGAGGAAGAUCCCAGGAUAUGAUCCUGAACCUGUGGAGAAAAUGAGAAAACUGCAGAGGACUCUGAUCCACAACAGUUCAGCAGGCAGUGACCUGAAACUGAGGGUCUCUUUGGAAAACCUCUUGAAAGCAGAGAAGGUGGGCCGCUGGUGGAUCGUUGGCUCAUCGUGGAGUGGAGCCCCCAUGAUCAGCAAGCAAGAAGACGCAACCUCACAGAAGAGGACUGCUGAAGGACAGUUCAGCAGCAAAGUCCUGGAGCUGGCCCGGAAACAGAGGAUGAACACAGAGGUCAGGAGGAACAUCUUCUGCGCUCUGAUGACCAGUGAGGAUUAUCUGGAUGCUUUUGAGAAACUGUUGAGGAUGGGUCUGAAAGACAAGCAAGAACGGGAGAUUGUUCAUGUUCUGAUGGACUGCUGUCUGCAGGAGAAAAGCUUUAAUGCGUUUUAUGCCGUGCUCGGAGAAAAGUUCUGCCUCCAYGAUCGCCGCUUCCAGAUGACCUUCCAGUUCAGCCUGUGGGACAAGUUCAGGGAGCUGGCCAACCUUCCAAGCUGCUCCUUUAACAACCUGGUCCAGCUGGUGACCUGCUUUCUUCAGAGGAAGUGCCUCUCGCUCUCCAUUCUCAAAGUGAUAGAGUUUGGGGAACUGAAUAAACCAACAGUUCGCUUCUUGCGACAAGUGCUGACCAAACUGCUAAAAGAAACAGAUCCUGAUGAGCUGGUCAGCAUAUUUGGGAGGAUUUCAGGAAUUCCCAAUCUUGGAAUGCUGCGGGAAGGAAUGAAGCUUUUCAUCAGUCACUUCCUCCUGAAGAACGCCUCGUCGCAGGGACCAGCUGAGCAAGCAGCAGUUCUGUCGGAGCGCGCCCAGAUCGCCACCAAAGCUAUGGAGGCAAAAGAGACCAAGCUCAAACUGUAAAACGCACACACACCUCAGGAAGCUAAAACGUUGUGAAACAAAAGGAGGCUUAUGAGGACACGACUCCUCCAAAAUCAAACAAAAAUGACAAAUUUUAAUCUUUUUUAACAGCAUAUUUGUUAAAGUCUACUGUAUAAUAUUUGAAUAUUAAACUUACUGCCUUUGCUAUGAAUAACUCGGUGAUGAUUUGUUUCAAACAUUAUUAAGGCUGGUCGUUUUUUUUCUCUCAUUUGUUAAUAAAAACAGGAAGACAUGCCUCACCAGAUAAAUACAUAUUUGAAAGGUUUUUUGUUUUUCCUCAUUAACUGAAAACAAUAAACAGGUUUUUCCUAAAUCA